AUGCUCCAAGUACCAGUGCGGGAACAAUCCCAAGCCUCGACUAAGGCCGUGAUCUUGGUCGGAGGCCCCUCCAGAGGUACUCGGUUCCGCCCAUUGUCGCUCGAUGUGCCAAAGCCCCUAUUCGAAGUCGCCGGCCACCCCAUCAUCCACCACUGCCUAAAGGCGGUGACCAAGGUCCCCGAUGUUCGCGAAGUGAUCUUGGUUGGAUACUACGAUGAGACUGUCUUCAGGGACUUCAUCAAGGAUGCCUCGAAGGAAUACCCCCAGCUCCGCAUCGUGUAUCUGCGGGAGUACACGGCCCUGGGCACCGCAGGUGGACUGUACCACUUCCGCGAUGCGAUCCUCAAGGGCAAGCCGGAGCGCCUGCUGGUGCUCAACGCCGAUGUUUGCUGCUCUUUCCCCCUGGGUGAGAUGAUGAAGUUGUUCGAGGAGAAGGACGCCGAGGCUGUGAUUCUGGGUACACGGGUUUCCAACGAGACCGCCACGAACUUCGGAUGCAUUGUUUCGGACUCCCACACCAAGCGUGUUCUGCACUACGUCGAGAAGCCCGAGUCGCACAUCUCCAACCUGAUCAACUGCGGUGUCUACCUCUUCGCAACCGAGUGCAUUUUCCCCGCCAUCCGCAGCGCCAUCAAGCGCCGUACUACCCGACCCCGCCUCCUUUCCUACCCCUCCUCCGAUAAUCUGGAGUCUUCCUUCAUUGCCGGAGAAGAUGAGGAUGCCGAGAAGAGCGAGGUGCUUCGUCUCGAGCAGGAUAUUCUGUCCGAUCUCGCUGACAGCAACCGCUUCUUCGUCCACGAAACCAAGGACUUCUGGCGCCAGAUCAAGACCGCUGGUUCUGCUGUCCCCGCCAACGCCCUCUACCUCCAGAAGGCGUUCCAGGCCGAGUCCUCUGAACUCACUGCCCCCUCUGCCACCAUUGUUCCUCCCGUCUACAUCCACCCCACUGCCUCCGUCGACCCCACCGCCAAGCUGGGCCCUAACGUCUCCAUUGGACCUCGUGUCGUGAUUGGCGCCGGUGCCCGUGUCAAGGACUCCAUUGUCCUUGAGGAUGCCGAGAUCCGUCACGAUGCCUGUGUCAUGCACUCUAUCAUCGGCUGGAGCAGCCGUGUCGGUGCCUGGGCUCGUGUCGAGGGUACCCCUAUUCCCGUCAGCAGCCACUCUACCAGCAUUGUCAAGCAAGGCAUCAAGGUGCAGAGCAUCACCAUUCUGGGCAAGGAGUGCGGUGUCGGUGACGAGGUCCGCGUGCAGAACUGCGUGUGUUUGCCCUACAAGGAGCUCAAGCGGGAUGUCGCCAACGAAGUCAUCAUGUGA